GUACACAGAGAAACAAAUACAGAGAGGCAGAGGCGCCAUCAUCUCCCUUCUUCUUCACCCACAAGCCUCUAGGUGCCUCACAAGUCCUCCUCCGCUGUCAUCUCCCCUCUCCACUCCUCCCUGGUUUGUUCAAGAAACUUUCUUUGGACAAGAUGGGAGUGCAGAGGUACAGGUUCUUCUGCUGCGGGUGUGGCGCCAAUGCGGCGGCCGACGGCCGGGAACGCGACGAGGACGGGGGCUUCGGGGUGUCCGACGGCAAGGCCGAGAAGGGGGUCGAGGCCGGCCCGCGGGGGCUGUCGUGGGCGCAGGUUGAGGCGAUGACGGGCGGGUUCACCUCGGCCGUGGUCGGCGAGGGCGGGUUCAGCACCGUGUACCUGGCGCGCCUCUCCGGCGCGCUCGCCGCCGUCAAGGUCCACCGCAGCAGCGAGCGCCUCCACCGCGUGUUCCGCCAGGAGCUCGACGCGCUCCAGCGCGUCCGGCACCCGCACAUCGUCCGCCUCCUAGCCUUCUGCGACCAGCAAGACGAAGGCGUGCUGGUGCUCGAGUUCGCGGCGAACGGGAACCUGCACGAGCGGCUCCACGGCGGGGGCAAGGCCGCGGGGACGAUGCCGUGGGCGCGGCGGGUGUCGGUGGCGCUGCAGGUGGCGCGCGCGCUCGAGCACCUGCACGACCGCUGCGAGCCGCAGGUGGUGCACGGCGACGUGAAGGCGUCCAACGUGCUCCUGGACGCGUCCAUGUCCGCCAAGCUGUGCGACUUCGGGUCGGCGCGGAUGGGGUUCUCGGCCGCCGUCCGCCCGCGCUCGUCCGCGCGCACCAUGCUGGGCUCGCCAGGCUACGUCGACCCGCACUACAUCCGCUCCGGCGUGGUCACCAAGAAGAGCGACGUGUACAGCUUCGGCGUCCUGCUCCUGGAGCUGCUCACGGGGAUGGAGGCCUUCUGCGCGGAGGAAGGCCGGCUCCUCACUGCCGUCGUCGCGCCGCGGCUCAGGGCAGGCGACCCGCCCUGCGACGCGCGCGGGUUGGUCGACGAGAGGCUCGGCACCGCCUACGACGCCGCCGAGGCCGCCGCGGUGGCGGCGCUGGCCGCGGCCUGUGUCGGCGACAACCCCAGCCUCCGGCCGUCCAUGGCCGACGUGGUGCGCACCCUGGAGCAGCGCGCGCAGGGAUCCAUCUCCGCCGUGGAGAGGAGAUCGGACGGCCAGAGGAAGGUGUGAGCCACGAGGGCGGGGUCGUCGCGUCCUCCGAGGCGCCCAGAUCUGGCUUGCCGACUUGUUAACUUGCGGUGCUGACGUGCGUGCAUCGCACACGUGGCGCGCGAACAUUGGUUGCUAGGAGAACAAAGCGUUGCUGGUGUGCGAGCACAUCAAAAGGACGAAUCAAAAAAGAAGUGGAGAAAAGCGUGGUGAAAAUUGAAGAGAGAGAGAGAGAGAGAGUUGAUUAGGGGAAAGGUUUGGAGGAGGUAAAAAGGCAGGGCUAAUCUGUGUGCUGAUGGGGGGUUUGCAUCAUAUGUUAUGUGCCAAAGCAGCAUCUACUUGGGAGAGCCCAAAAAAUAUGGAUCGUGCAGCACACGAUUCUAAGAUUUUGUUGAUUCUUAUUGGUAGUUUCUUUUGUUAUUUUGGCAAAGUACAUGGAGUGUUUCUUCUUUGUACCUAUAAUUUAGCUAGAUUUCAAUUUGUAUUGGAUUUGUUGAGAGCUUGGUUUGUUAAACCUGUGUGAAUGGGGAAAAAA